AUGGUGUCCUACAACAAACCAAACCCACUUGCGACAUUCAUCAAGGAUGAUCUGGACUACUUUGCAACCUUGGAAGACGAGCUCUUUGACUGUGAAGAGUGCGUCGCAACGAGAAGAUCCGGCAGUAGCAUAAGCUUUUCGGAGGAUGUUGCGAUCCAAGAAGUUACUUGCAUCAGCGAUAUGGAGAUUAGCGAGAUUGAUAAUCUCUGGUACACACAGGAAGAUUUCACUACCAUGAAAGCAGAAUGCAGGCAGCUGGCCAAGUCUGCCAAGUCUGCCAGAAUCAAAGAAUCUGCCGACAUUUGCAUUCGAGGUUUGGAGGAGAAACUCAAUGGACGCAAAAAGAAGAUCAACCGAAGUGAAGCCAUUGGUGCAGUUCUUUGUGAACAAGACGCGCAAUUCAGCUAUGGCGAGCAAAAUCCAGAGGUGAUUGCACAAGUCUACCAAGAAUUUGCUUCUCACUGUCUUGAUGAAGCUGUUGAGCAAGCUCUUCGAGAUCAAGAAGCAGCUCUCGCGAUCCAUGAUCUUCCUUCAAAUUCUAGCUCAUUAUCAUCCCAAGGUGAUGGAUGCACGUCAAGUAUUCCGAGUCUUGGAAAGUUAGGAGGCCGAACAAUGCUCAUUGCAUAA